CGUUAUCAUGGACAGAGACGUGAAAGGAAAAGUCGUGCUUAUUACCGGCUCUGCCGAUGGCCUGGGCUUGACCAUGGUCGAACACUUCUUAGAAAAUGGCGCCAAACUAGCCAUCAUGCUGGACGUCAAUGAAAAACAAGGACUUCAAUCUCUUGAACAAGUAAAGGUCAAAUUCGGAAAAGACAGAGCUGUAUUCUUCAAAUGUGAUGUUACAGAGGAUCUAGAUAAAGUCUACGCACAAGUUUUGGGUGUGACCAAGAAUGUUGAUGUUGUCAUAAACAACGCUGGAGUCCUAGCCGAAAAAGAUAUUAAGAAAACAAUUAAUGUAAACGUCACAGCUCUUAUGGAGUGGACGAUGAAGUUUUUCGAUCACAUGAGAAAGGAUAAGGGAGGCAAAGGUGGAACUAUCAUUAACGUAUCAUCUAUCUAUGGAUAUAGGAUAACAGCGCUCAUACCAUACUACCAUGCUUCUAAAUUUGCCGUGCGUGGUUUCUCGCAAUCACUGGGUCAAGAAUAUAAUUUUAAAAGGACGGGAGUACGAGUUGUAACUCUAUGCCCGGGUCUGACGACGACGAACAUGUCUAAAUAUCCCAACGUGAGGGAAGAUGAAACUUUAGAUGACUUGCUGAAUGAGAUUAAGGAUACCGAAUGGCAAGAGACCAAAGACAUUGGAAGAGGUACCGUGGAAAUAUUCCAGAAAGCUGAUUCCGGUUCUGUUUGGCUCGUAGAGGGUGGACGGCCGGCUGAAAAACUUGAUUUUUAGUUUAAAUUAUUUUGUAGAUAAGCCUACUUAUUAAAUAAAGCAUUGCACAGUGAAUAUAAUAUCUAUGUGUUGUAUUUAAUUGUAAAAUAUUGGGAAUGUGGACAUUUCAAUCAUUGUUGUCAUUUUGUAGUCUAUAAUUUUAUGUGAGUGCAAUUUUAUGAAUCAGCGGGAAGUUUAUUGAUAAAGUGAACUCUCCCGAUGAGAGAAUUUACUAGAAAUGAAAACAAUAAUAUGUACUUACGUAACACUAAAAUAAUUUAAUUCACGAUAUUUUUCAUUUUAACAUAUUCUAUGAGUCUUUUUUUUUAAUUAUUGUAAUUGAAUCAUUAGGUACCAUCACGAUUUGUGGAGUAAAUAGGUACGUUUUUAUUUAUGUUAUUUGUAUUAUUAUCUAUUAAUUAUUGUAUUAAGCUUGAAAGUAAUAUAGUGACAAUAAUUUUAAUAUUGA